UACUCAUCACGUGACUACGGGCACCUGUCGAAAGAGAAAUUUUACACUGCAGGGUGUGGAGGGCGACACCCGUCCAUCAGAAGUCUUGACCACAUCUUGCUAAAGUAUCCUUUAACACUGACCACCAAGCACCGCUACACUGCCCUCACACUGACGGCGGUCGAACCUCACCCAGGGAUGGACCCCACCAACGGUGAAGCCGGUCAAUACCGGACUUUACUCAGCGUUGAGCCAACUUCCAACACAGACAAGGGAGUGGUUGAGAUGACAGGCUUGCUGUCCAAUCCUGCCAGUGAAGGACGGGAAGAACCCAUACCUCCCAUAAAACGAUCUGAAAGUGGUGAACUACUGAAUUUCACUCUGCAUCAGUGUGCCAGAAAUGGAGAUGUGAGAAGUACACAGAUCCUCAUAAGUCAGAUAAAAUCUUCGGCCAAAAACACCUUUAAGAAGAUCAACGUACGGGAUGAGGACAAAAUCACUCCACUGCAUUAUGCUGCCCGCUACAAUCACAAGGCAGUAGCCAAACUGCUUGUUGACAAUGGCGCAGACCCCGACUCCAGAGAUUCAGAAAACCUGACACCCCUUCAUUAUGCUGCCCGUUAUCGCCGCCAACGACAGAAGACGACAGAUACAGAUGAUGAGGAUGAUGGCCCAGAACUGCCAGACUCCUCGCCCCAGGAUGAAGGUACCCAGGCAGACAACAGUGUUAUCAGCUAUCUGGUACAAAAUGGCGCCGACAUCAAUAAACAGGAUAAGUAUGGCCAGACACCUCUUCACUAUGCAGCCAUGCGAGGUAACGAAUUCGCUGCCAAGGAGCUUAUGUCUUACAAGGAAAUUGACAUUGAGGCUAUUGACAUGCAGAGCAUGACCGCUCUCCAUAUGGCUGCCACCCACAACCAGGUUGAGAUCACCAAACUGCUGAUUGAUGCAGGUUCACCUCUUCGUUGCUUGGAUGAUGAAAGCUCAACUCCUCUCCACUGCGCCUGUAGUGAAGGAAACAUUGAUAUUGUCAAACUUCUUUUCGAGGCUGGCACCCAGAGAGAUGGUUGGGUUACUGUAUCUAAUAUGGUGACUGACAGAGACUGUGAUCAGAGCACAUGUCUACACAUGGCCGUGGAGAACGGUCACUACGACGUCGUCAAACUCUGUCUGGAGAAACGAGCUGAUGUAAAUACGCCGGCAUCUGACUACAUGAAUCCCAUCCACCUGGCCUCUAAGGCUGGAGAUAUCAAGUGUGUCAAGCUGCUAGUGGAGCACCAUGCCCGCAUAGACGCCCUAAAUGAUGUACAGGCCACGCCCCUCCACAUCGCGUGUGCCUUCAACCAUGUAGAUGUAGUGGAGUAUCUUAUAGAGAGAGGGGCCAAUCUGGAGAAGAAAGACAAGGAUAAUUACACUCCACUGUUGAUGGCCGCAGCGUAUGGUCACGCAGACAUCAUCAAACUGCUGCUAAGAAAGCGUGUAGACUAUGAAGCCGUGGAGAAGAGUGACAAAACAGCUAUUUUUCUGGCUGCAGAGGAGGACAACCUGGAUGCUCUCAAGGCACUUUUAGCUGUUGGGCGUGUGCGCAGACUGGUCAAUGUUGGUGACAGAUAUGAUAACACGCCACUCCAUAUUGGUGCAGAGAAAGGAUACCUCAGUAUUGUCAAGUGUCUCCUGGAAUACAAGGUGGAUGUUGAUGCCAAGAAUGAGGAGGAACAGACCCCGUUACAUUUAGCAGCUAAAUCAGGAAGGACCAAUAUCGUUCGUGAACUAGUUCUGAGGGAUCAUUCUUCUGUGAAUGAUGAAGAUGAGGACUCCAACACAGCCCUCCACUUGGCAGCAGACUGUGGCCAUGCUAAAGUCGCCGGUGUACUCCUUGAUAAUGGGGCAGAUGUGGCCGCAAGGAAUUGUAACCUUUGGACCCCACUAGACUCUGCAGCUGCCAAGGGCUGGGUGAAGACCUGUAAAGUUCUGCUUGAAGCGGACGCCCCAAUCAAUCCCAUGGACAAAACCAAGACAACUCCUCUCCAUCUGGCCGCUCGAUAUGGACAUCCGGGUGUGGUGGAGCUUCUCAUUAAGUGGAAGGCCAACAUCCAACAGAACGACUCGAACAGUGACAACUGCCUGGACUUGGCCAUCGAUAACAACCAUCCAGAUGUUGCCUUGACUAUUAUCAACUCAGAAAUGUGGGAGGAUGCAUUAAGAAAUGAGACAUCAGAACUUGGUACAUUUGUGAUGAGCACACCUAUGAGGAAACUGAUCAAGAAAAUGCCAGAUGUCGCUGAGGCUGUAUUUAACAAGUGUAUGACUGACAACAAGAAGAGCUUUGAGCACCCUGACUACAAAGUCACUUUUAACUAUGAGUUUCUGGAUGAUGUUUACUCUCUGGCAACAUGGCGGGAGACGGGACCCAGCGAAAGUGGUGGAUCUUCUGGCGGAAGUGUCUACAAUGAGGAUUUCACACUGUCCUCCUCAGCCAAACCCUACACCACAGACUCCAGCGAGAUGAAAAAGAACCACCCUCUCAUGAUAAUGGUGACAUCAAAGCGAGAGGACCUUCUGGCCCAUCCACUGGUGACCUCCCUUCUCCGCCACAAAUGGAACAGCUUCGGCCGAGUCUUCUACUACAUCAAUUUCUUUAUCUAUGCCAUUUUCCUGACCUUUCUGACUGGCUACAUCUUGUCCAGCAAUGCUCCAUUUACCUACAGUGAGACUGGUAAUGUGAGUUGUGAGCUUGUGGCCUCCAGUACCACCCCAGUACAUGAACAACACAUCUUCGCUAAAAUUGGCAAAUAUGUCAUCAUAGCUCUGUCAGCUUGGAAUCUUCUUCGUGAGUUGCUACAGAUCUAUCAGGCUAAGCUCCAGUACCUCGGCUGGGAGAACUUCAUUGAAUGGCUCACCUACGUGUUUGCUCUCCUGCUUGUAAUUGACUUUCAGGAGUGUCAGAGGUCAACAGGAUACAGAUUUGACUGGCAGUGGUCUCUGGGUGCCAUCGCGAUAUUCCUAGCAUGGAUUGACCUGGUUCUGUUCCUUCAGAAGUUCCCACGGUUUGGUAUCUAUGUUGUCAUGUUCAAGGACAUCCUCAACACCUUCAUCCAGUUCUUCGUCGUCUUCUUCCUCUUCAUUGUUGCCUUCGCGCUCGGCUUCUAUACCGUACUCCAGAAUCAGGUACCCUUCAAGACCUUUGGUCAGGCUCUAGUGAAGACCUCUGUGAUGAUGAUUGGUGAAUUUGAGUUUGAUGGCAUCUUUAAUGGAAACCACGCGGACCACACGGAGAAGGUUUACCAAGAGACUGUCACGUACAUCUUGUUUGUGGUAUUCAUGAUUAUCAUGUCUAUCAUCAUCAUGAACUUACUGGUUGGUUUGGCUGUAGAUGAUAUCAAGGCUGUACAGGAGCAGGCUGCACUCAAGAGAAUGGCUAUGCAGGUUGAACUUGCGCUUGAUGUGGAAAGAAUUGUUCCUGAAUUUAUACGACGGAAAUUUGUCACAAAAAAGCAGACAAUCAAACCGAAUCAAGGAUUGAAGAACCCGUUCAGUCGACUCGCUAACCUUGAGGCUGGGGACCUGUCCUCGGCAGCCAUCAACAAGGCCCUUAACCCUGAUCUGGAUGAUAUAGAGAAAGUACAGGAGGGACAGGAACAGCUUCAGAAAGACAUCAACAAGUUACGCUUCUCUGUGAAGGAAAUGCGCUCACAGAACACCAAGCUCGAGGGUAUGUUAACGGCACUUCUCACCUCUCAGGAUAUCAAAUGGCAGGAGGAGGACUUUCAGGACACAGAAGCAUCCUAGAUAUUUGGGUCACUCUUCAGCUUUAUAUCCUCAACACCAAGAUCACAAGGACCUAGACAUCAAAGUCAAUCAAAAGCUUGGCCUUCUAUCUGGCUCAUUUACAAGCUUGAUUUACUACCAUAAGCAGUUGGAUAACCCCAGACGUGUCCUCAUUGUCUUGGUCAAUUCUUCUCUGGUCUCAUGUCAGUAAAGGCCAUCAUGGCUAUAUCUUAACUUAUUACAUCAGGGCUAUUCCAUUAAAACAUCUACCUGAUCCCAUGACUUCAGAAUGAAUCACUUCUGUCCAUGGUUGGGUUUCCUACCUCUUACUUCUGUUACAUAUAAAGGAAAUUGUCCAAAGAAAUUCUAUUGGUGGUACCCCUAAACAAAAACUGGAGUCCUGGGGUGGGAUAGAUAUUGUACUGGACCCUAUAGGUGGUACCCCUAAACAAAAACUGGAGUCCUGGGGUGGGAUAGAUAUUGUACUGGAAUAGCCCUAAUUAUAGCGUGAAAAUGAUUGUAAACAUUAUAUUUUCAAGAACAUCAAUACAUAUUGGAAAUAAAAUUGAUGUGAUAUAAGAGUUUAUAAAACCAGGAUUACCAUCCAGAGUGAGCAUUUGUAAUUCUCUUCAUGCUAUUUAUUCUGUCAUAGCUUUAACUGUUUUUAUAGAAGUUUAUUACCGAGGUAAAGCAGUAAUUUGACAAGUUUUGUGGUCAGUGGUAUUUUUAUGAUGCAUUAUACUUAGUGUUACUUAAUGUGUUGUUAUUAAAUUAAACAUUUUAUUUUUAAGAGAUUAUUUAUUUAGAAAAAGAUUAUCUAUGAUUUUACAAUUUUUAGGUUGUCGUAUAUAUUUUUUUUUAUAAAUGAAUUAAUGUCUAGUUAAAUUAAGACUGAAUAGGAAUGUACAAUUUUGACCGGUUUAUAUAUUUACUGGUUAAUCAGCACUGACUUAACAUGUUUACAUCAAUCAGCUGUGAAACUUGAAAAGGCAAAAAUUAAACAUACAAAUUAAUCUUUCAAAAUAAAACAUUUAAUUUUGGUUGGUAAAUUUGUUAUCACCCCUAAUCUGGGCAUGGUUAGAGAUAACAGUUUAAAAUUUGUUAUAAACCUUGAUAUUAACAUGAUAUCAUUACAAUUGUCAAGACAAUAAUAAACCUAGCAGGGUAAGCAUUUUACAAUGUAUAAAAUUACCAAUAGGCUGAAGUGUUGUAAAUCAGCUUUAUAUGGUAAGCUUGUAAAUAUACUAUAGUGUUUGUAUCUAUAAUAUACUAUAGUGUUUGUAUCUAUAAUAUACUAUAGUCUUUGUAGCUAUGUUUUAUACAGUAGCCAGAUGUAUUACUGUUAAAUAUACUGUAGUCCUUGUAUCUAUAAUAUACUAUAGUCUUUAUAUCUAUAUUUUAUACAGUAGCCAGAUGUAUUACUGUUACAAAAGACGUCCCCAGAACUUACCACCCUUGUUGUUUGUUAGAAGUCUGUUUAUACAGAUGUUGUUGGACAUUGUGAAUAUGAGAAAUCGACACUGUACUGUUUUGUGUAGAUAGUGUUUCGGGAUGGUUUGUACUUUGGUCUAACUCAGUUGUACAUGUGACAUUUUUAUAAUCCUUAAGCUGAACUUGGUUGGUAAAAUUUUGUUGAUUAAUGCAAUGUUUACCAAGCAGGACAUUUUUUUAUUUGAAUAGAUUUCCCAUCCAUUUUUAAAAGUAGAUGCAUUGUAUUUUUCAGGCAGUCAUUCUGAGUUGCAGAAUAGUAUUUCUUCACAUCAGUUUCAUGUUAAUUUUAGUUAAUGAUUUAGAUUGCACCUUGUUACAAUUUAAUGGGACAUUCAGAUGACAGAAUAGUUGUAACCCUUGACCUUUUCUGUAUCAAGGCUGUCACUUUUUACUAUUAGUGUGCAUCAUGUAUUUGGUAUUUUUUUAUGUACAAUCGCAGUACUAGAUUUGUCAAGGCUGUGAAUUUACUGGUAGACAGGUUUUGGGGCGUUUGGUAUUGGUAUGAUUCAGUUAAUCAUUAGUCAGUGCCUUGUUUAGAUAUUUAUUCUAUUUAUCUGACCUUAUACAACCAUAAAUGUGAUAGUAAUAUGAAAUGUCACAUAAUCAUGUUUAUUUAAAUAAUUUGACUUGAUGAGUAGUAGUAUGGAGGGUAUAUACUGAUCUAGCUAUAGGUAUAUAUGUAUACAUGUUAUUAAAUAAUAGUACAUAAGUAAUAUCAUAUAAAUUGGAAAAUUGACAAAAUUCCAAUUUUUUUCAGAUGAUUUACAUGCAUUUAUUAAUGUUUGAUAUAUGCAUCUUUUAUUAACAUAUAACAAAGUAUUCUAAUGCGUCUUUCAUUGGGCUUGUUAAAGCUUGUCUGUAGUUACAUAGUGUUGUGUUGUUGUGUCUAUCUGAUUGGUCCAUUGGUAGUCGUACACUGGUAAUUCCUUAAUUUACACAAAGGAGAACUGACUAUAAAUGUAAAACUAAUGAAAAUUGGCUAUAAGAUAUGGUCUUGUGUUAUAUUAACUGUGUGUUUUUAACCGUUUGAUAUUAUAUAAUGUUACCUCUUUAUCUUAGAGUAAAAGCUUAUCUGUGCUGAGGCAGUUAUAGUGAAUUAAAUUAAAACUAAAAAGGGUUCUCAACUUAUACAUUUUAAUACAACUCACAAUGAUAUCUGAUUCUAUACUUUAACAAAUUGAAUACAACUCAAAAUGAUAUCAGCAGUUACCAUGGAUUCACAUUUCUACCAGCUUCUAUCAUUUUUUUUCACAAUUUUCUGUUUGUCUCCUGGAGAAUUUUGACAAACACGGGUUCACUUUAUUGUCCAAAGAAAUCAAGGUAAUUUUUUAGAAUAAUAUCUUUGUUUUAAUGUGCUGGACCUACACUGUAAUUAAAAAUUCAUUAUUAAUAUCAUAUAGUUUAAAUUAGUGAAAUUAUUGAAUUGUGAACACAACUGUUUAUUAAUUGAGGUAUUUACUCUGCAAUAAACCCAAGAAAUGAGUCGGUUGAGGUGAAAUGGCCUGCAUUCCUACCACAAAAGUGUUGUAUUAAAAUGGGUUUAUUGUAGGAUAAAUAUGAUAUGAUUCUCUGCAUAUUUUGUAUUUCAUCAACCUAUUUUAAUAUUGAAUGAUAUAUAUGAUUUAUAUGAUUAAAUAUAGGUACUUUAUGCUCUACGACUUGAUAUGAAUUUACCUAUUUUGUUAAUAACUAUAUAUAGUUUAAAUUUGUUCUAUUUACAUGAUCCAAUGUCAAUCAAUCUACAAAUAUACUCAGAAUUUGUUAUUAUAUCCUCGGCCAAUGUGCUCUUAAUGAGUGGCAAUGUAUAUAUCCUCGGCCAAUGUGCUCUUAAUGAGUGGCAAUAUUCACCUUAGGAAAUGAUUGUACACAGAGCACGGCUUAUAAUGCUCAAAGAUUUGGAGCACGUUACAAGGUUCUGCACUUUUUCUGUAAAAAAAUGAAUUGUAUCACAUUGUUUGUCUUAUCAAGACUGUAGUUUGAAGUCUGUACAGAUGUCUGAACUGACAUCUAAGAUGGUUGUAGCAAAUCUGUAAAAUGAGUUUGUUCUAAACAUGUUUUGUACUGUAUAUUAUCUGACAUAUUUAUAAGAUCUUACUCUUUAGGUAUGAUGCCUACACACUUGAUUGUUAUGUAGAACGAUAGCCUAUUUCAGAACUGUCCGUUAGGUGUGGGAGACUGUUUCAACAAUCCCAGUAUCCAAUGGAUUCAUGCAAAUUACAAUAAUCAUUACAAUUAAAGGAAAACAUGAGGGCUAGACCAAAAUUUACUGUUGGGAAUAGCAAUUGUUACACAUGUAUAUCUUGUUAAACCCUCCCACCCAAAUCAUUUGUGUACAUUCCUCUACUUGUAGUUUCUUUGUUCAUUCGUUUUAUUUUAUUGUUACUUUUUUACUUUUUUAGUGAGACAUAUGGGUAGUGUGUUGUAGUUCUCUAUAUAAUGGACCAUUUGCUCGGGUAGCAACAUCUUUUUUCAGUUUCAAACUUUUUACAUGUUUCUGACCACCUUUGUUUAAACUCAUUAUCAUUUUUACUUAACUUGUUUUGACAUUUGACAAAUAAGUACACAUUUUGUACCUCUUUAUAUCAUUGAAGUUAGUGAUGCUCAAGACCAUAUUUAGUAGCCUGAUUGUCCAGGGUUAAACUGCUCCAGGUGUGUAACAUUCUCUGUAUGUAUCCCUUCUUGUUAUGCAUAUUGUUGUUGAAAAAUGAACAAAGAACAAGUUUCAUAUGAAUUUUACAAAUUAUUGAAUUGACAUAAUACUACAAAAUUGAUGCAGUUAAGUUUAUAGACAUAGUGUGAUGUGUAUACCUCUCUAUAGUAUGAUACCUUUAGUUUGGGGGAUAUGUGGUUUUAUUGUAGAAUUUAGCUUGUUAAAUUUCAAAGUCUAAAUGAUUAAUUUACUAAUAAGGGAUUAAGAUUUCUUUGUGAAAGAAAGAUAAAUGUAUGAAGUUUUCAUGAGAUAAUUUUGAAGGUACGUAUUUUGCUCAUAUAUAAUGAAAUCCAUUUAUAAUAAUUACCUGGUAAUUGAUAUGUGAUAUUAACUGUCUUUUUAUUAGUAACUAUAGGUCUAGUUAUGGACAUUAACUGGUAACUAUAGGUCUAGUUAUGGACAUUAACUGGUAACUAUAGGUCUAGUUAUGGACGUUAACUGGUAACUAUAGGACUAGUUAUGGACAUUAACUGGUAUAUAUAGGUCUAGUUACAGGGUCUAGUUAUGGACGUUAACUGGUAACUAUAGGUCUAGUUAUGGACAUUAACUGGUAACUAUAGGUCUAGUUGUGGACAUUAACUGGUAACUAUAAGUCUAGUUGUGGACAUUAACUGGUAUAUAUAGGUCUAGUUAUGGAAAUUAACUGGUAAUUAUAGGUUUAGUUAUAGAUGUUAACUGGCAACUAUAGUAAUGAUAAGAGUUUUACCUGGUAAAUAAUAUGUGGUGUUUACACUGCUGUCUUUGAUCAAUCAAUUUAAUUUUCUGAAGCAGAAGCUAUUUUGUAAUAAUCCUGUGAUAAAGAAUGUUUUGACCCUACAAACAGCAACCAUUUCUGUACAGUGUGAUAAAACAAGGAAUACUAUAUAUCGGUCAAGAUAUAACCAAUUCACUGGUCAGUAGGGGCUGACCAGUGCUGGUUAGUAGAAGAAUGACUAACACUGCUGGUGAGGAGUGGUUGACCUGUACUUGUUAACAGAGGAACGGUUGUCAGAUCUGAUAUGUAGAAUAAUUUAUACAUGUAUAUAAUGUUGUACAUGAUUUAACCAUUUGUAUUUACUAAUAAAUAGAUAUACAUUGUAUGUA